UUGAAGAAUUCUAACAUAUGCCCUUGGCGAAACUCUAUUAAAAAUAAGUUUAACAUUUUCAUUCACAUUUUAUUCACUGUUCGUAGUAUGUACAACUUAACAAUACUGAAAUGUUUUAUUGGAACAAACUUUUUUAGAUCAAUAUGCUUUUACGAACGUCAAAUAGGAAAUUACCGAAAACAGGUACUUUUGGUCUGUGUAUAGACUCGUAUUCCUGACAUUAAAUCAUGCUAAAGUUAACUUCAACUUUUCUAAAAAAACAAAGACACCAUUAAACUUAGCAUUAACGAUAUAUUCUGCUACAUUAAGUCACUUAGCACUAAUACCUACACUCAUGUACACACAUACACCUAAUUCUUUCACUCUCGCUACCUCCUCGCUCACCUAACCGGUGUAUCGUUUCCAAGGUAACCAAACAAGCUUAAGAGACAGUAACAAGCUUAACUUCCCCAAAAUGGGUCCCAAGAAGAAGAAGAAGAAGGAUCAUAAGAAGGAACCGAAUAAGGCAUCGCUGACAUCAAAAGACACUGACUCCAAAGAAAAAGAAGAACUUGAGAAGAAAACCAAUGAAGAAGAAGAAACCUUAAGAGUCCAAGCAGAAAAAGAAGAAGCUGAACGGAAGAAGUUUGAAAAAAUUAGGUUGUUGGAACUGAAGCGACAAGAAAUCAGGGAAAGAAAACAACGAGUGGAAGAACUUCGGGAAAUUGAAGAAAUGACGGUUGAACAGGAAAGAUAUUUCAAAGAUUUACUUUGGGAAAAGCGAAAGUUAGAAAGGUGGGAGCGUUUUAUGAGAUGUGAUGGAACUCCUGAUCCCAUGAUACAAAAAGAAAUCAAUACAUAUAUUAGCCUGUCUCUUGAAGAUGAUAAAAACAAUGAUAUUGAAACAGUGUUAGAAAACAGUCUCCUGAAUUUAGCAUUGAUAGAAGAACUAAACAAUUUUAUUGACUUAGCAACACAGACAGAACCAUUUACAGAACAUGAGAACAUUACAUACCAAAAUAUAAUCAAAGAUUUGCAAAAUUUGCUGGAAAUCAAAUUAAAUGCUUCCAUCCACAACUGUUUACUGGGUGCCUUACAAAAUAUUGAUCCAGAAACUUCUAACUACCAAGCUUACCACUAUAAUGAAUGUAUAUCAGUGUGUAUUUGGGGAAACCUUAGCAAGAACCUCAGGAUCAAAUCAUAUGAGUUUAAAGAAUUUGGAUUUAGUUUUGAUAUCCCUAAAGUGUUGGCCCUGACUGACUGUGCUGUUGCUCUCCUUUACACUGCCUUUGAUCACUUAUCUGAACAAUGUGCAACCUACAAAGUAACUAGGAAGACAUCUGAUGAACCUGUUGUUGAAACCAAAGAGGAGAAACCAGAAGAAGAACCUGUACCAGAACCCCCACCCCCUGAAGAGGAAGCAGCACCUGAUCCCCUUGAGGAUAUCAGUGCUGCUCUACAAAGCCUUAAGUUUUUUGAUGAUCCAGUUCCAGAAGGACCUAAGCGUGUUGACGUGAAGAAAGCUGAAGAAGAAGACGUGGCAGAAUAUCCAUUCCCUCAAUCUCCAGCACCUGUUGAAUAUGAAGAGUUUGAUGAAGACCCAGACGUUGUUGACCUGCGUUGCUACCAAGUGGUUAGUGGAAUCUUCACUAUAAGUCUGUUAUAUCUACCUCCUCAGCCUAAACUCUGUGGAAAGUGGACAAUUACUCAAGUUGUCCCAACUGAGUUGUGCUACAUGGACUAUGUAGCUGAUCCUCCACUGCCAACAGAAUCUAAAGAAUCAGGGGAGGAAGGUGAACAGAAGAAAGAAAAGGAAGCCAGUGUUGAACAGAAACGGGAUGAGAGACCUCUAAUUGGUAUUACGUUAAGAAUUCCUCCUAAUGUAGUACUUUCAGAAUGUCCACGCCCUGUGAGAUGGGAUAACAACAGAAAAGUAUGGAGUAUAAAAGACAUUUGUGACUAUAAAUAUAAUGAUGAAACCAAAAGUGUUCAGUUUAAAACAAAUUCAUUUGGAAAAUUUGCCUUGAUACAAGAUUCUUAUAUUAACAUGCCAUUUCAAUCUUGGGAGAUAAGGCCAAGGACUACCAACUGGGCAGUUUUCACCAUUACUGCUGCUGUACUGGAAGUUGUCAUUGAAAUCAAGGAUGGACUGUGUUGUAUUAUAAAACAUCCUGAAGAAGGACUUUCUCAUCUAUUUGAAAAGUGGUACAAACCAAAAGAAUUAAUUAAUAGACUUACACUGUGUGGAGUAGCCCUAUUCCCUGCUGAAGAUUCAACAAACUAUGUCAGCAUACAGGAAAAGAGUUUUGUUACUGAAGAACGUUGUUACCAUCAGAUGGCACUGGUAGCAUCAUGCAUGGCUUUUACAUGGUCACGUUGGAAUUUUUCUGCUGAGAGACACCAGUUAAUUUUACAAGGUGUUGAAUUACUCGAAGAUGAAGAAGUAUGUGAUGAUUGGGAAUUGUAUUUAGUAACCAAAACACAUGUGAUGAAACUGAAGCUUGAUGAGUUUGAUGACAUAUUUUCAACGGAAGUAGAUGAUGACUACCAGUAUUUCUCCAAUUUUUACCACCUGGUCAAGGAAACUGGAUCUGAAGAAGCUAUUGAGCGUUUGAAGAAAACAACACCAGAGUUUAGGGACUGCGUGAAACAAAUGCUUACUGCAUCAAGGGUGUUAACAUAUUCAUAACAUUGACCAGCUAAUGAUUUGAAAUGUUAAACAGAUCAAUAAUAUUAUAGAUGCAAUAAAACCAAAGAAAAUAAUAUAUACAGAUUUAAUUUUGUGAAAAUGGAAUGGUGUGAUGCUUCUUUUCUCUUUCAGUCGUGGUUUGAAAAGAUGACUGCUUCUUGUGAGUUAACUGCACUUUAAUGGCUAAUUACACUGGGGAACAAGGUUUAUGUUGUCUGGUGUUGGAGACAUGUUUCCUAGUAAUUUUGAGGUGCUGAUUUCAAAAAUGAAAUCCAGUUUGCUCUAUCACAUGAAGAUUUUUUUUACAAAUUCAAAUGUCCAUUCUCCAACAUUUCUUGUAUUGUCACCAUAUCUAAGGACAGAUUUGGCUUCAUUAGAUGCUAACCCAUGUAUGGAUUUUAACAUAACUUUGAAAACAUACCUUUUCAGAAUCAUUUAAAGCAAAUGCAAUUACAAAAGUGAAAACAAAAGUCAUGAUUUAAGUAUCUUCAGUAAAUAAAAAGCAUCAAACUCAA